AUGGCGAUUGCUUUGGCUGAAGCGGAUAAGUAUGAGAUCUUGGAAAAGAUUGGCUGUGGCUCUUUCGGCAUCAUUCGCAAAGUGAAGCGCAAGUCGGAUGGUUUUAUUUUGUGCCGCAAAGAGAUCAAUUACAUCAAAAUGUCGCAGAAAGAACGUGAGCAACUCACCGCCGAGUUCAACAUCCUCAGCUCCCUUCGUCAUGCCAACAUCGUUGCAUAUUAUCACCGAGAACACCUAAAAGCCAGCCAGGAUUUAUACCUCUACAUGGAGUACUGUGGCGGAGGUGAUCUCAGUAUGGUUAUCAAGAAUCUGAAGAAGGCGAACAAGUUUGCUGAAGAGGAGUUCGUCUGGCGCAUUCUGUCGCAGCUCAUCACUGCACUCUUCCGCUGUCACUACGGAUCGGAUCCUGCGGAUGUAGGGUCAAAUAUCUUGGGUGCACCCGUCAAAGCUGCUGGACUCAAGGGAAAGCAGGGAUCAGUCACCAUCCUGCAUCGAGAUCUCAAACCCGAAAACAUUUUCCUCGGUUGUGACAACACUGUCAAGCUGGGUGACUUCGGUCUGUCCAAGCAGAUGCACUCCCAUGACUUUGCGUCCACAUAUGUCGGAACUCCUUUUUACAUGUCCCCCGAGAUCUGUGCCGCGGAGAAAUACACCCUUCGAUCAGAUAUCUGGGCUGUCGGCUGUAUCAUGUACGAGCUCUGCCAAAAAGAACCUCCCUUCAAUGCCCGCACCCACAUUCAAUUGGUACAAAAGAUUCGGGAGGGAAAAUAUGCUCCCCUCCCCGACUUCUAUUCCCCGGAGCUCAAAAAUGUCAUCGGAAGCUGUCUGCGAGUCAACCCCGAUCACCGACCAGACACUGCUGCUUUGAUCAACCUUCCCAUUAUUCGUCUUAUGCGCAAAGAGAAGGAAGUUGUCGAUCUUGGCAAGACUCUGCGGAGACGUGAAGAGGUUGCCGUUCAGAAAGUGAAGGAGAUGGAGAUUCUGUUAGCCAAAUCGGAAAAAGACAAGGCGCAGAUGAAUACCGACGUUGAAAAUGCAGUUCGGCGAGAGUGGGAAGUCAAGGCACGUUUGGAGAUCAACCGUCAGGUACAAAAUGAACUUGACCGUCUCAGAAAACGCUUCGAGGCAGAAGUCCAAGAGCGUGUUGCCAUUGAGGUGGAGAAGCAGAAAAAGCUCAACCAGCCUCGUGAAGACAUACGUCGUCGCAGCGCCCACGGCUCAAGUACAUCCAGGCCAUCGUCAAGUGCCAGUACUUCCGGAUCACGAUCUUCUGGCGCUAUGAGCGAUGAGAGUGACAGUCAGUUGAGCUGUGAUACGAGUCAGGUAUUGUCUGACUCUCCUACUCUGAAUGUCAAGAAACAGCCAAAGAAGGAGACUCGCACUCCAUACGCUCGCUCCAAGACUAUUGCUGUUGUCGAAUCUCCAAUCGACGUACAAAUGGCCGAGCCAUCUCCCAUUUCCAUCGCUUCGCUCUCCUUGUCUCCGCGUCGCACCUCGGCUAAUACAGCCUCCCGUAACAUCUUCGCCGAAGCCGGAAAAAAUAAGGCCAAGUGGGAACCUACUCUCGCAUACUCUGAUGAUGAAGAUGACACUCCCGACCUUCCCUCGCCCACUCGUCCUAAGGUGAAGCCUGACCCUUUCAAGGCUCCACGCCAACCCCUCCUGCGACAGAACACGGCCGCACUCAUGCAGAAGCUGGAAUCACAACCCACCCUUUUCCCCUCCAAUGGCUCGCGCCUGCCUCAGAUGUCCAACGGCCCAUCUUCGUCUCAAUUAGACAGCCGUCCUGGCACGAGUGAGGGUCGCAAUAUCUCCCCUCAUCGACGUCUUGCUAAGGUCCCCUCAUCUGCAAACCUUGCUGCAGACGCCUCUCCCACUCGGAAGGGCAGCAUCAAAACCAUCAAGAAAGUCCCCUCAAAGGUCAAUGUUGGCGGUGAAGAGAUGUUUAAGGCUGUUAUGCAGCGCAACAUGGGCGGACGCACUUUGGUUGAACUCGCACAGGCACGAGCUGGCGGACGCACUGCUGACGAGGUCACAAAGCGUUGCUCAAGUGACUCUAGAGCCACUGUUUCAGUCUCAAGUCUCAAAUCUUCUGCUCCAGAUCCCCCUGCGAUCUGGGAUCCCGAGUGUGAUGAGAUGCCCAGUCCCUUCUUGACUCGAGGACGCAAGGUUAUUCGCAAUCUCCGUUAA